GGACCUGAUCUCCCAGACCCAGCUGAGCUCCUUGCCCGCGCUCUACGCCCAUGGCUGACGGACUCCUUCAGCGCAAAGCCUGGGGUCCCGAGCAGAUUCGCCCGGACCCCGACCCCGAGUCCGAGGGCCUGUUUGACAAGCCUCCCCCCGAAGAACCCCCCGCCGCCCGCGCGCCCAAGUCGGCGUCUGCGGCGGGCAGGAAGGCCGGUGGGCGCGCCGGCGGGAGGGCGCAGGGUGGCCGGGCAGGGCAGCCCCCGAAGGCCGCCGCGCGUCCCCCGCCCACGGAGGAGGAACCUCCACUGGACGGGGGCUGCUAUCUCGACCAUUUUCCGCACCUCUCCAUCUUCAUCUACGCGGCCAUCGCCUUCUCCAUCACCUCCUGCAUCUUUACCUAUAUCCACUUACAGCUUGCCUGAGUGGCCAAGGCGGGACGGGGUGGGCGCAGGGCCAAGCGCGGAGGGAAAGGGAAAAAAAGGGCUCCGCAUUUUGUGUUUUGGAGAAGCGCUGCACACCCUUCAUCUAGCUUUCCAUGCUUGUUUCUUUCCUUCUCUGUUGUCACUGCGUCUUUCAUUCUAUUAUCCCCUCUGUUGUCACUCUCUAAAUGUCCACCGGUAGGAAGGUUCAAAGUAGUUGCCAGCAAUGAAAUAAGGGUGCUAUUUGUACCUGCAGUUGGGGGCGGGGGCACAGUCAGCCUCCAACGUUUAGAAUUCCGUGGUGCGAUUGAAUCCCGUUUAUAAUUAGGAUAAUGUCCCUGGAGCCUAUUACUUUGUGACGUGGAGACACGCCCAGGGAACUCACCGUUUUGUGUUUGGGGAGC